UUGCUCCGAGCAUCCGGUUUCCGCCUCCAGCCAGCUUCCGGAAGCUCUUCUCAAAAUGCUGAACUGCUCUUUGGAAGUGUCCGGGGCUGUAGUAGUUGAAGUCUGUUCUCGGGCCUGAGCCACGAGGCCAGGCUCCUGGGUGUCGUUAAUGUUCGGGGCCGCCGGGCGCCAACCGAUCGGAGCUCCAGCCGCCGGGAACAGCUGGCAUUUCAGUAGAACCAUGGAGGAGCUGGUUCACGACCUUGUCUCAGCCCUGGAAGAGAGCUCAGAGCAAGCACGAGGUGGAUUUGCUGAAACAGGAGACCAUUCUCGAAGUAUUUCUUGCCCUCUGAAACGUCAAGCCAGGAAAAGGAGAGGGAGGAAGCGGAGGUCUUACAAUGUUCACCACCCAUGGGAGACUGGUCACUGCUUAAGUGAAGGCUCUGAUUCUAGUUUAGAAGAACCAAGCAAGGAUUAUAGAGAAAAUCACAAUAAUAAUAAAAAAGAUCAUAGCGACUCUGAUGACCAAAUGUUAGUAGCCAAGCGCAGGCCAUCAUCAAACUUAAAUAACAAUGUUCGAGGGAAAAGACCUCUAUGGCAUGAGUCUGAUUUUUCUGUGGACAACCUCGGAAACAGAACUCUCCGCAGGAGGAGAAAGGUGAAACGCAUGGCUGUGGAUCUCCCACAGGACAUCUCUAACAAACGGACCAUGACCCAGCUGCCUGAAGGUUGUAGAGACCAGGACAUGGACAAUGAUAGAGCUUAUCAGUAUCAAGAAUUUACCAAGAAUAAAGUUAAAAAAAGGAAGUUGAAAAUAAUUAGACAAGGACCAAAAGUCCAAGAUGAAGGAGUGGUUUUAGAAAGUGAGGAAAUAAGCCAGACCAAUAAGGACAAAAUGGAAUAUGAAGAGCAAAAAGUCUCAGAUGAGCUCAUGAGUGAAAGUGAUUCCAGCAGUCUCAGCAGCACUGAUGCUGGUUUGUUUACCAAUGAUGAGGGAAGACAAGGUGAUGAUGAGCAGAGUGACUGGUUUUAUGAAAAGGAAUCAGGUGGAGCAUGUGGUAUCACUGGAGUUGUGCCCUGGUGGGAAAAGGAAGAUCCUACUGAACUAGACAAAAAUUUACCAGAUCCUGUCUUUGAAAGUAUCUUAACUGGUUCUUUUCCUCUUAUGUCGCAUCCCGGCAGAAGAGGUUUCCAAGCCAGACUCAGUCGCCUUCAUGGAAUGCCUUCAAAGAAUAUUAAAAAAUCUGGAGGGACUCCAACUUCAAUGGUGCCCACACCUAGUCCGGUCAGUAACAAGAGGAUGGUUCACUUUUCCCCAGAUUCUCAUCACCAUGACCAUUGGUUUAGCCCUGGGGCUAGGACAGAGCAUGGCCAGCAUCAACUUCUGAGAGAUAACCGAGCUGAAAGAGGACACAAGAAAAAUUGUUCUGUGAAAACAGCUAGCAGGCAAACAAGCAUGCAUUUAGGAUCCUUAUGCACAGGAGACAUCAAAAGGAGAAGAAAAGCCGCACCUUUGCCUGGACCUACUACAGCAGGAUUUGUAGGUGAAAACGCCCAGCCAAUUCUAGAAAACAACAUUGGAAACCGAAUGCUUCAGAAUAUGGGCUGGACACCUGGGUCAGGCCUUGGACGAGAUGGCAAGGGGAUCUCUGAGCCAAUUCAAGCCAUGCAGAGGCCAAAAGGAUUGGGACUGGGAUUUCCUCUAUCAAAAAGCACUCCUACAACUACUAACCCCAGUUCAGGAAAAUCUGCCUAAGAAGAAAAGCAAAGAAGAAAUAUUUUACAAUUUUCAUUCACUUAUCCCAUAGUUCUAAAAUGACCAUGCAGUUCCUGGUUUUGAAGCAGAAAUCUACAUUGCCUCAGACUCAUCACUCUAUUUCCUAACCGAACAUAGUCCUACUACCGUGUUAGAAAAGGAUUCCAUCACAGUUCAUGGUGCUAAAGUGAAAACAUAUACCCUUUAAAUUUUUUCAGUAAUUUCCAACUGUUCUAAGUAUGAAGUUCAUUUCUCUUAUUUAUUUUGAUCUCAGAUGUCAAUGCUUUCUAAUGCUUUGCUCAGUUCUUGUCUGUGCAUGAUGCCCAGGCAGAGGUGAGCACAUGUACUGUGUUCUAAAAUAGGAUAGACUAUACCAAUAAAAAAUGUGGAAAAUAAAUAAGAUAGGCCAGAAAGGAUCAUAUCUCCUAUCAUCCCAUCAGUGGAGUUCUAAGUAAAUCUCUAACAGACUUGGCCAUUUCAUAUUCCUUGAAUUUGACUUUCUUUUAAGGAUUUUCUAACAGUGAAAUUCUUUAAUUUUCUAUCUUUGGACAAUGUAGUAUCAAGUCCCACAGCUGACAAAGAGCAAUUAAUGCUUGCCUCAGACAUUGUGACAAAAAUAAACCUCAUCAUUGUUAACACCAGAGUGCCCUCAACAUUACUUUAAUGCAGAUAUAAAUUUCACCUUGUUUAGAACAUAAAAUAAUUAUUGAAAGAAAAUGUAUUUUUUAAAUUCACCAUGAUUGAACUAUAAAUUCUAUUCACCAGAUGUCUACCUCUCUUCCCAAAGGCUGAUAUUUUUUUAAGAUCAUCUCAAGUUUAGUAAAUUGAUUUUUAAAUUUUAAUCAUUGGAGUAAAUCGAAUAAAUUUAUUUGAAGAUUUAAAUAGGUCUCCCAAGAAUUCAGAUUUCUGGGAAUGGCCUUAACCUUUUUAAGAUCUAAGCUAUUACUUUAAGUAAAACAACUCAUUUUUAUUUUACAUCUAUUAUUGAGUUAAUUCUGAAUCAUUUGCUUCAUAGCAUCAGAGAUCCUAAAUUGCUUUUAGUUUAGAAAAUGUUCAUUUGUAAUCAUCUUCAUUACUAAGGACUAAUAAUUAUUAUUAAAUGGCCUCUACAGGUUGAUUAAAGGUGGCAAUAACGCAUGUGAAGGAUCUUUCCUAAUAAGAUUUUUAAAAUUUUGCCAAUUGCCAGCCAAAAGGAGUUAUUAAUAGCAGUGGAGAAGGUUUAUGCAUGUAACAGACCUUUUUUAGGUGAUCCCCUAAACAAAAUUUUGCCAAUGAGGAAGGGAAAGUUCAGCCUACCAUUUGAAAGCCUUUGUGAUUUGCCAAAUAAGAAUUAUCUCUUUUUCUAGGGAUAUUGUAAGAGGACAGGGUGUUUAGAGGACUAUAGACUACCUGUUGAGUUGCUCUUUUGAAACAUUCAUACUAAAUAAAGUAUCCCUGUUGUAGGAUUACUUUCAACAAGUUUAUCACUAGAAAUUUGCCAUUUUUUAAUGAUUUUUUUAUUCCUAAAUGUUCAUUCUACUUACGUAUUAGGGAGAGGAAAUAGGAGAUUACAUACAGGUCUUAAAAUUUCUUUGUAAUAGUAUGUUGUUCUCUAAGGUCUAUUCAAAAAGUUUUUGUUUUGUUUUAAUACCACUGCCUGAAAAUCUUUUAAAAUCCUAUAAUUUUUGAAAAGCUCAAUUUGGAGCCACUGAUAACAAUGAGGUCAUUGCAACACUGGUUGCAAGCUUCUGGAACUUGACUGUUGUUUUUCACUUUACCUUGUUCUAAUGGAUGCAUUAGUGAAGAACAGUAUAUAUACCAAACUGGUAAAGAGGGUCUCCUUAAUUAAAUAUUGCAGUCUUUAUGAAUGCUAAUUGCUGCCAUCACAGACAGGUACAAAUGUUCUUAAGCAGCUCCUAUGAGAUGUUCACUUAUCUUCUCUACCACCCCCAAAAUCCCAUAUUCAUAUUUUCCACUAACAGAAGAAAGUCAUUUUAACUGGACACCUAACAUUUUAACUGCAUAUGGCUUACAGACUCCUUAAUGUAUUCUAUAUUCUAGCGUAGUAUUAUACAGAAUAUAUGGAUCAACACUCAAAGUAGAGAAGCAGCAACAUACCAAGCUACCCCCUUGUUCCUAUAGAAAAUGCCAUCAGCAUUCAGUCCUUAUGAUUAAUAUGUUUCCUUACAGUGUAGAUCUGAUAUUCUAAUUGUACCUAAAAUUAGUGGGAGAAAAUAAACACAAUUUUUAAUGUAAAUCUAAUGGUUAUUAGAUAUAAAACUCAUAGACUUAUAUUUUUUAUGUAGUUAUGAUUUUUCAGGUAAUAUGCCCCAAAGCAUCCAUUCAUACCUCCUUAAAAAAGUGGUAAGAUAUUUCCUCUGCUCCCUCAUGAAACCAUUCUUUUAUACUCUACAGAUUCAUUAAUUGUACUGAAACUUUUUAAGUGAAUGGGUAGGUUUCUUCCUGUACUAUUCAAAUUAUGCAAGAGAGGCUGAGCAUGACUACAUUAACAAUCUGACUUUUUUUCUUUGUACUUUUUAC